GAGAAGGCACGAAAUUUCACGAGAGCGCGACGGCGAUGGCGGAGGCGGAUUCUGGCGGCGCUGGAGGAGGCGCUGGCGGCGCUAGCACUGGCGCUGGCGGAGGGAGAAAGAAUAGAAUCCAGGUCUCCAACACGAAGAAGCCGCUGUUCUUCUAUGUCAAUCUCUCCAAGCGAUUCAUGCAGCAGUACGGGGAAGUGGAGCUCUCAGGGCUUGGAAUGGCGAUCGCGACCGUCGUGACAGUGGUGGAAAUACUCAAGAACAACGGUUUGGCGCUCGAGAAGAAGAUCUACACCUCGACGAUUGAAAUCCAGGACGAGCUUCGGGGGCGCCCAGUCCAGAAAGCAAAGAUCGAGAUUGUGCUCAAGAAGUCGGACAAAUUCGACGAGCUCAUGGAGAGUGCCGCGGAAGAGAAUGGUCCUGGUGCCAAUCACCAGCAAACGGAAGCGUAGCUAGCGAUUUUCAUCAACCGAGUGAGUAGCUAGCAAGCACGAAACGAAUGUUGAGUACCUCCUUUUCCAAAGUGGUAAAUUUUCUCCCAACUCAAAUGUCGAUCCGCGUUGUUCCAUGAGGAAAA